UCAAACACGCAACCAAAACAACCGACCGCCGUCGUUCGCUCCACGUUUGUUUCGAUUCCUUCUUUGCGGCUACGCAAGUUUCGCGAAUUAUACCGAACGCGUAAAAGUUUUGCUUUUUCGAGUGAUUUUUCUGGUGAAAUCUAGCAUUUUUAUCAGCCAAUCAUGCCUCCCAAGAAGAUCCUGGAACCGGAAGUGAAACCCCUGAUUGGCCGUAUCGGUACCAAUCUGCGCAUCGGUAUCGUGGGUGUACCGAACGUGGGAAAGUCAACCUUUUUCAACGUGUUGACCAAGAGUGCUGCCCCGGCGGAAAAUUUCCCCUUCUGCACGAUCGACCCCAACGAGAACCGGGUUCCAGUGCCCGAUGCCAGGUUCGAUUACCUGUGCGAGUACCACAAACCGGCAAGCAAAGUGCCUGCCUAUCUGAAUGUGGUGGACAUUGCCGGUCUGGUCAAGGGUGCCGCCGAAGGACAGGGUCUGGGCAAUGCAUUCCUCUCACACAUUAACGCGUGCGAUGCCAUCUUCCAUCUGUGUCGUGCAUUCGACGAUCCGGAUGUGACGCACGUCGAGGGUGAGGUAGACCCAGUUCGCGAUCUGUCCAUCAUUGCCGAGGAGCUGCGUUUGAAGGAUGAGGAGAAGUUGUUGAUCAACUUGGAUAAGGUGGAGAAGCUGGUGACCCGCGGCGGAGACAAGAAAAUCAAGCCCGAAUAUGAAACGCUACUCAAAGUCAAGGAAGUACUGAUCGACGAGAAGAAACAUCUUCGGUUCGCCGACUGGAGUGCCCAUGACAUCGAAGUCCUCAACAAAUAUCUCUUCCUGACGUCCAAGCCUUGCAUCUAUCUGGCCAAUCUCUCCGAGAAGGACUUCAUCCGCAAGAAGAACAAAUGGCUGCCGAAGAUCAAGGAGUGGAUCGAUAAGAAUGAUCCCGGCGCGUCGCUGAUCCCCUUCUCCGGCCUGUUCGAGCACAAACUGGCCGAGAUGGAGUCCGAUACGGAGCGCAAGGCCUACGAAGAGGAAACCAAAUGCACCACCAUGCUGGACCGGAUCAUCACCACCGGGUACAAAGCGCUGCAGUUGGAGUACUUCUUCACCGCUGGUCCGGACGAGGUCAAGGCCUGGACUAUCCAGAAGGGCACCAAGGCCCCGCAGGCGGCCGGCCGCAUUCAUACCGACUUCGAAAAAGGUUUCAUCAUGGCCGAAGUCAUGCACUACAAGGACUUCAAGGAGGAGGGUAGCGAAGCGGCUGCCAAGGCCGCUGGCAAGUACCGGCAACAGGGACGAAACUACGUGGUGGAAGAUGGCGAUAUCAUCUUCUUCAAGUUCAACGCCGGCGCGGGCCUCAAGGAUGCCAAGAAAAAGUGAUACGAUAAAAUAGCCACGGUGAUUGCUAUUCUGCUCUACUUGAAUAUGAUAUUCUACUCGCAAUUGUUUCUACCCCAGUCGCCUUGAGGGGCGUGCAGCAGCAACUCGAAGGUAAGCGAAGGGAUUAUCUAAAACAAACAAAUGAAAAGGCAGGCAUCGAUCGUUACAUUCAAUGGCACUUCUGCAAUGCAUUACACAUAAACAACAUCUUUGCCGGUAGCGGACAACAUUGUGAAGUGUUUAAAACUAAGAUUAUAAAUAAAUUAUUCGUUUUGUGUAUCUGCUUA